AGGAGAGUGUCGGUGCUGUAAGAAGGAAGACUUACAAUUACACAACGCAUUUCUCGUAAUGUAUGAUCUGAUUCAUUUCCUGCUUUCCUUUAAAGUUUUCCAUUUUUGAUUGAAAUCACUCUACACAAGUUCUUUGCUUGAUUUUCAAGUGCUCCAAUCCAUCAUUACUCACUAGGGUUUCAGCAUUCUUCAUCUCUCUCCUCUCUCUCUCUCUCUCUCUCUCUCCCCCUUCAGCAGAGUUAGCGAGAGAGUGUUUUGCAGUGAGUAGGAUCUGUGACUGUGAGUGGGAAAGGAGAGUUCUUUUGUUUUUUUUAGUAGAGAGAAAGAGAGAGAGAGAUGGGUGUGGAUUUGAGGCAGGUAGUGGCAGGAAUACUGACACUGGCAAUGUUUGUGAUGCUUGGGAACAUGAUUAAGAGAGACCAUUUUGAUUCUGUUGAAGAGAAGUUUCCUGGAGGAGGAGGAAGAGAUACCUUAGAAACUUCCAAGUAUUCAAAGGAGGGCCUCGUUAGCUUUGCUAAAAAGAAUGGCGGGCCUUGGAAAGAUGAUGGCGAGGAGCUAAAACAGUGUUGGUCUAAGCCAUCUGAUGAUGUAGAGCAGACGGAGGGGUACGUCCUGUUCUCAUUAACAAAUGGCCCUGAAUACCAUGUUUCACAGGUCGCAGAUGCCGUUGUUGUGGCAAGGUAUCUUGGGGCAACUCUUGUACUUCCUGAUAUUAGAGGGACCAACCCAGGGGAUGAGAGGAACUUUGAUGAGAUUUAUGAUGCCGAGAAGUUUAUAAGUAGCCUGGAUGGUGUGGUCAGAGUAGUAAAAGAACGACCUGGUAAAUUAUCCACAAGGAAUAUUGCCGCUGUUAAGGUUCCCAAUAGGGUUACAGAAGAUUACAUUGUUGAACAUGUGGAACCAAUUUAUAGAUCGAAGGGCAACAUAAGGCUGGCUACUUACUUUCCUUCAGUUAAUAUGAAGAAGACAGAAGGAAAGAGUUCUAGCGAUUCAGUUGCAUGUUUGGGGAUGUUCGGAACAUUAGAAUUGCAACAAGAGAUUAGUGAAGUGGUCGAAUCAAUGGUUGAGCGUCUGAAAACUUUGAGCCGCAAGUCAGAUGGCCAAUUUGUAGCAGUGGACUUGAGGGUUGACAUAUUGGAGAAGAAAGGCUGCCAAGGAGGAGAUGAAACCGGAACAAAAAGUUGCUAUAACGCACAAGAGAUUGCUUUAUUCCUGAGGAAACUUGGAUUCGCAAAGGAUACCACAAUCUAUCUGACCGAAUCAAAAUGGGACAGCAGUCUUGAUGCUCUUAAAGACAUCUUCCCGAAAACUUAUAUAAAGGAUGGCAUUAUCCCAGCAGACAAGAAGUCAAAGUACCUGGAUUCCAAGGGGUCUGAAUUCGAGAAGAUCAUUGACUUCUACGUGUGCGCGCAAAGUGAUGUAUUUGUACCAGCCAUUUCAGGCUUGUUCUAUGCAAAUGUGGCAGGUAAGAGAAUUGCUUCCAGUAAAACUCAAAUACUUGUCCCAGCUGACAUCCCCGACGCCUCUGCAUCUGCCUCCAAAUUCAUCACACAUUAUGUCUCGAAGAAGAACCAUUUGGCGUAUUCAUGCUACUGUUAAUGUCCCUCCGUGAGAAGAAACCCGGGAAGAAGAAAGGCGGGGCGGAUGCAUCGAAGCCUUCAAAGAGGGUGUUAGCUCAAUCGAGAUUUAUAUGGUUACGCAGAUUGGACAGGCUAGUUUGUAUAAUAAUGUAUACUUAAUCUGGGUUACAAGAAACCUUAAACAGAAAUUUGUCCGUUAAAAAUGAUGUUUUGAAGGCACUGUUUGAUAGGGCAGGAAGUUUUGAACCUUUAAAUGGUUCAUAACAUGUGUUGUUUGAUUAUAUUCCAUAACAUUUUUCCUAUAUUCAUUGUAAUAUUGUUAUCACAUCGUAUACAAUUUUGUGUUUCUCUCA